AUGGCUGAAAAAUUUGGUGUCGCAGAUCGAUUUAAUGAAAUAAAGAAGUCUGCCGGCAGAGACUUUCUAACUGGCUUUUUCCAACGACAUCCUGAUCUAAGUAUUAGAAAGCCAGAAGCGACAAGCAUCAAUAGGAUACUUGGAUUCAAUAAAGCUGAAGUGGAUCAAUUCUUUGAAAAUUUGGAAAAAGUCAUGUCAAAAUACCACUUUCCGCCAUCUCAAAUUUACAACAUGGAUGAGACUGGCGUAACUACGGUCCAGGAUACUGAAAAAAUUAUAGCACCUAGGGGUCAAAAACGUAUAGGAGCAGUCACGUCAUGGGAAAGAGGUAAAAACGUAACCGCUAUUUGUGCUAUGAGUGCUUCAGGGUCAUUCAUUCCGCCUCUUUUUAUUUUCCCUCGACAGCGUCACUCUCCACAGCUAGAAAAAGAUGGUCCACCAGGAGCUGUUUACACAUGUUCUCAUAAUGGUUGGACGAAUGAAAGCAUAUACAUUAAAUGGCUGCGACACUUCAUUGGGUUCUCAAAACCUACUGCUGAACAACCUGUUCUACUGAUUAUGGAUAACCACAACAGCCAUUGUACAUUGGAAGCUUGGAAAGUGGCUAAAGCCAACCAUGUUGUAAUGCUUUCCAUUCCACCACAUUCAUCACAUCGGUUGCAGCCUCUGGAUGUAACUUUUUUUGGGCCGUUCAAGAGAGCCUACAACAAGGAAUGUGACAUAUUUAUGAAAUCCAGGAAUAUGGUAAAAAUUACACCUUACGAUAUUGCAGGAUUGUUCAACAAAGCUUAUGCCAGAGUAGCAAGCUUAGACAAAGGAAUCUCUGGCUUCAAAGCCACGGGAAUUUUUCCCAUGAAUCCUGCUGUAUUUUCAGAAGAGGAUUUUGUUGCUGUGGAUGAAGUUCAAAAACUUCUUGAACAAGAGCAGCCUUCUAUUGAACAUGCUGUAAGUCCAUCUAUAUUAAGUGAGCUACAAGAGAAAGCGUUUCCAGCAAAUAACACACCAAACAUGUCGCCAAAUAAAAACCCCUCUAAAGUCUCGUUUAUGUUGAAUAAUAAAACAGUCUCGGAGCCAGCUACUGUCAAUCCUUCCACGAGCUCAUCUACAACAAACGACGUUCAAAAACAGUCACUCAAUACAGAUCCAACCACAACAAAUGAUUUUGCUAAAGUUCUGUCAGUUAUAAGUCCACUACCUAACAUAACUAACAAAAAUAAGACUUCUAGACAAAAACAACAUUCAGUAAUUUUAUCUAGCACGCCAAUGAAAACAGUAUUUGAAGAGAAGGAAAAUAAACGCUUAGAGAAAAAAAAUAAAACUGAAAUCAUUACAAAGAAAAAGGCAGAAACCAGCAACAAAAAUAGAAAAUGUAGCGCAGAAAAAGGAAAAAAACGAAAGAAGGCCAUUAACAAAAAAGAAAAAGUAAAAAGAGUUAAAAAGAAACUUUUUGAGGAUGAAACUGAGACGUCUGAAGACGAUGACGUUGAGAAUCUUUGCGCCGAUGAGUCAGAAUAUUCAGAAGAAGAGACAUUGUGUGCUAUUUGCUGCGAUUUAGGAAAAAACAAUGAGAUGUGGUACCGUUGUAGAAGUUGCGGUAAAUGGGCACAUAAGCAAUGUUCUGGUUCUGAGAGCCCAGUUGAUUAUAUUUGCGUUUUUUGCUUAGAGCCUUAA